AUGCUUGUCGCGACGACGAGCCAGGGCUCGGAAGAUAGUCGUGGUUUACGCCACAUAAUAAACUGGACUAGAACGAAUUAUGGUGACUGGGACAUAUUGAUCACAGAAAACGGGUUUUCCAAUGGAAAUAGAUCCCUGGAAGAUAGCGGAAGAAUUAACUAUCUUGAAUCAUAUUUGGAGCAGGUUUCGUUGGUCAUACAUGAAGACCACCAUAAUGUGCUUGGCUACUCAGUUUGGGCAUUAAUGGAUACGUUUGAGUGGAAAUCGGGAUAUACAUCAAAAUUCGGCCUCUACGACAUCGACUUCAACGAUCCGAACCAACGCGAAACGAUGCGAUCUUCUGGUGUUUACUACGCGUGUAUUAUCAAACAUCGUAAUUUAAAUGAUUGUGCUUCAUUAUUGACGCCUGUAAUUAAAGAUUAA